AUCGUCAUCGGUAUAUUUCUGUAUUUUUGGGGAUUAUAGCCAAGAAUUCCUAUUUUCUUUGCUAGUUGAGAACAUAGAGUAGUUAAUGUAGGUAGGGUAUAAUAAGGACCGUUAAAUAAUGACUGAACGAUUACGAAGUGGCAGUUUUGUAAAUUCCGCAAAUAUAUCGGCGAAAAUGACCAACGACUUGACUCCUCGAAAAACGAUGUUAAUAUUAGUGAUAGUGGUCGGUUGUUUUGCAGUGUUGUGGCCAAAAGUCUUUUAUCCCAUGUUAGUAGGGUCUGCAAAUCAGCAUAUAAAACCAAGCCCCAUCGACAAAACUACAGGAUGCUGCGAUGUGAUAUCAGAAAUUGAUGUCAACACCAUUAAAAUUAUGUCUGAAUUAUGCAAAACCAUUAUAAAAAAGGACGAAGAUGUGCCCUUAACCGGGAGAGAAAUAGUAGUGAAAUGUCAAAGUGCAGUUUUAGAGACUUGUGGUAUCGAUAUAUCGUCAGUAUUACAAGACCAAGUUCGGUUGGGGCAGUCUGUAAAACAAAUUCUAGAUGAAAUAAGGUCUUUGAACGGUUCGUUAUGUUUAAAAUACAAUUUUGGGGUAGCCCCCUGGAGGCUAGGUGUUCCGCACAGAGUUACCGUUAAGAUGCCACCUUCCAACAUUAGGCAAGAAAGGCCAAUGCAUCUUCGAUCGGAACUUAUACAUCCAGCCUUUAGAGAAAAGGGUAGAGCAAUACCACAACCUCAAGUCAGCAGUCCUCGGGCUACUACAAGGGUAGUUGAGGGAAGACCGGGUCCUAUACCUGGAAUGCGACCGACCUUAGGAGGAGCUGGCCAUGUUGUCCCCCCGCCAAAACAAGGCACGGGCAGUAUGGGUCUUAUUAUGCCGAUAUAUACAAUAGGAAUCGUGAUAUUCUUUACGUACACAGUGUUAAAGAUUAUUUUCAAAAAACAACCCGAAGCAUUAUACCCUCCGGUGGAACCAGAUCCGAACUUCAGAAGAGAAGUUUUUGAAUCUGAGAGAAGCCAUGUGCCAAAACUAACUAGAGAAGGAGUCUCCAGUAAACUAGGGGAUGCAGAACUGGAUCAACUUCGCCAACGUCUCCGUGAAACCGAACUUGCCAUGGAGCGCAUCGUCGAACAGAUGGCCAAAGUGCCACUCAAGUUGCAGAAUGUAGUGGCUAAUGGAAAUGUGCCGCAAGACGAAGACCAGCCUUCUGUGAAAGUUCUCGGCAUGGAAAUGACUGCCAGCUGUGAAGGUGGGAAAAAAUGGUCACGACCGAACUCUCCGGUUUUACCUGCCUCGUCUCAGGCUCCACGGGAACCACCCGAACUACCCCAGGAAAUAUUCCUGGAAGGGGCGUUACCGGCACAGUCACAUUUACUAGUGGCCGAUUCAGCAACCGAAGCCGAAAAAACUAGCUCUGAGGAAGACCCGGCCGUUGUGCUUGCGGGAAAGAUGACUUUGUCCGUUAUUAGCCUCGAUUCUUCUGGUAAGUAUUACAAGAUAUGUCUGUCGUCUUCUGGACUGGAUUUGGCCACCUCCUGGAGUGCUGUGCCGGGCAUUACUGUCUCCAUAACAGCGUCGGCCAGCUCCGCGACAUCGUCCAACGCGGCAUUCUUCUGUGUCGCGAGAAUUGCCUGGACACUAGACGGCAGGCGCCCUAUCCACAGCGUGCGAAGGAGCGAAUCGGAAACGAAUGUAGUGGCUAAUGGAAAUGUGCCGCAAGACGAAGACCAGCCUUCUGUGAAAGUUCUCGGCAUGGAAAUGACUGCCAGCUGUGAAGGUGGGAAAAAAUGGUCACGACCGAACUCUCCGGUUUUACCUGCCUCGUCUCAGGCUCCACGGGAACCACCCGAACUACCCCAGGAAAUAUUCCUGGAAGGGGCGUUACCGGCACAGUCACAUUUACUAGUGGCCGAUUCAGCAACCGAAGCCGAAAAAACUAGCUCUGAGGAAGACCCGGCCGUUGUGCUUGCGGGAAAGAUGACUUUGUCCGUUAUUAGCCUCGAUUCUUCUGAGAACGGAACAGACGAAUCUUCAAAUUUGGACAAAAAGGAAAGAAGCAGUAGCAACGUUUCUGGCAAUUUUGAAAAAAUUGAGGCAAAAGAGCAAGUCGAAGAAGAUCCCCAAAACGUAAUAGACUCUAUACAACGAUUACAAGAAAUCCAGUUAUUGGAACAAAUUCAAAACGAAAUAAAGGAACUCGACGAAAAAGACGUCAUUACCAAGGUUGAAAGUGCCGCUGAACCCGUUCUGUUACAAAAUGUUGAAAAACACCUUUCUGAACCAACAGGCAUUGAUUCAACUACAGACGAUAAAGUAACGGAAUUUAUUGAGAAAGAAAAAGAUCAACAGGUUGAUUCAAUCGGAAUAAAAGAGGUCGAUAAAAUAGAUGCUGUUACCAAAGUUGAAAAUGUCAUUGAACCCGUUCUGUUACAAAAUAUUGAAAAACAACUUCCUGAAACCACCGAUAUCCAAACAACUGCAGAUGAAAUAGUAACAGAAAAAGAUCAACAGCAUGACUCUAUAGAAGGAAGCGAAAUCAAGGGAAAAGAUGUGACUACCACAGUUCAAAGUACUGUUGAACCCAUUCUGUUACAAAAUGUUGAAAAACAACUUCCUGGAACCACAGACAUUGAUUCAACAAAAGAGGAUCAACAGCAUGAUUCGAUCAACGUAAGCGAAAUCAAAGAAACAGAUUUGAUUACCGAAGUUGAGACUGCUGUUGAACCCAUUGUGUUACAAAAUGUUGAAGAACAACUUCCCGAACCCACAGGCAGUGAUUUAACAGGUGAUAUAGUAACGGAUGAUUCCAUCAAAGUAACUGAACCCAAAGAAGAUAAUGUCAUUACGAAAGUUGAAAGUGCCAUUGAACCCGUUCUGUUACAAAAUGUCGAAGAUCAACUUCGUGCACCUACAGACAUCGGUUCAACUACAGAUGAUAUAGUAAAGGAAUUUAUUGAUAAAGAAAAAGAUCAACAGCAUGACUCAAUCAAAAUAAAACAAAUCGAGGAAAAAGAUGUCAUUACCAAAGUUGAAAGUGCCGUUGAACCCGUUCUGUUACAAAACGUCAAAGAUCAACUUCGUGAUAUAAUAGAAGAAGGUCAACAAUUCACAUCUAUUUCUACGCAGCCAAAUAACGUUGACAUAGAACAAAGUUUGCAUGUACCUCAGCAAGAAAUAAAUGCACAGGAAAGUAGUGAAACUCCUACACCAGAAUUACCAGAAGUUUCCGAGUCGUUACUUUCAAGUGGUAUUUCGGAGUCGUUAUUAUCGAGUCAAGUUUUUGAACAACCAUCACCGAUAAGUGACAUUUCUGAACCACUAAUUUCAAGCGACAUUUCUGAAUCUUUACUCUCGAGUAAGGUUUCCGAGACGUUGGAUGCGCCUAUUUCGAAUAAAGUGCCUGAAACCGAGAUCAAUUUGGAUUUAGAAGAACAACUUGUAAGUGCAGAUGAUGAAAGAAGUAUAAAUGAUAAAGAACCUCAAUUUGUUAGCAAAGAAACCAAAUCCGAAGUUGCACCGACAAGUGCCGUAAGUAUUACCGAGAUCAAAGCUGAAAUAUCGGAACCUAUCAACGAAGAAACAGACUCUUUUGCCAAAUUAAAUGAAGCCAUAUCAGACCUUUCCUCCGAGUUUAGGUCUAGGGAUGAGAAGGAGGGACAAAUUCACAGGCUUGACGAGCCAUUAGGUGACGACGAGGAAGAAAUAGAAUACGAGUACGAAGACAGUGACAAUGAAGUGGUCGAUGAAGAAAUUCGCAAUGUAAAUAGAUUAGAUGACGGAUUGGAUGAUGCUGUCGCUUACGGAAGACUGAAUGGUGAAAAUCAGGAGCACUCCAAAUACGGCACUACUAGCAGCGCUACUUUAGCGGAGAAUGAUAUAUCAGACGAAGAGGUUCUGGAGGAAGAAGACGAUGAUGAAGUUCAAGAAAUCAUAGAAUAUAUCACCGAAGACGAAGAAGAGGUUGAAGAUAUCGUAGAACUAGCUCUUAUAAACGAUACGAACCAUCUACCCGAACAACCCGGGUCCCAAUAAUGACUCACAUUCAUAUCUACCGAGCGUUUUCAUUAUUAUUUCACUAAGCGAAUCAAUAGAACCUAAUUAACAUUAUGUAUAUUAACUUUUAGCCGAUAGUUGACUGUUUAAUAUUUUAAAACUUACUUAUACAUAUAGAAUUGAUAUUUAAUUGUGGUGUUAGUAUUUAUUAUAGCGUUAUAUUGUCACAGACUGAAUACUGAUCAGAAAUGAUGUUUGAAAGUAUAUUUUUCACAAGGCUGUUGUCUUUUAAACGUCAUAGUAACUAACAAUGUGAGUGUUGGGCAAGGUAUCGAUAUAUUUUAUAUUGCAUAAUUUUUAAUAUUUGUUUAUCUUAAAAUAAUUUAAAAUUCAGUUAGUGCGAUUAAAUUGUUGGUCCGUAUAUCUUUCUAGUCUCAUUGUUAAUUGUGCUCCAAACUGGUAAUGAUAAAUUAAAUAUUGUUAA